AUGACUUUCUCUAUACCGACUGCAUCAACUAAUACGCAGCCUCCACUUUUACUACUUUCAUGCCUCCCACCCGAAAUACUACAUUCAAUAAUCUCCUAUAUUGAUUGGCGAGGAGUCAAUUGCCUCAUUCGUGUUUGCAAAUCUCUAUACAAUGUUGCAUACCAUCAUUUGUUAGAGGACGUAACUUUUCGGAGCUUCCAAGAUGACCCCGAAGAGUUCUGUAUGGGCCCAGACCAGUGGGGGAAAAUGAUUAACAGAGAUAGGUUAAGCCACUUGAUCAGCACGGCUCCAAGUUUACCAUGGAACUGGACGAGGAGAAUCGAAAUCAGGGGAUUAUAUGCAGCAAACAUGAAGCUAUUGAAGGUGCUGCAGGCAAAAAUCAAAGGCGGUAUGAUGAACCCUCAGCAUAUGGAAAUAGAUGUAACAGAAGAUUUAAAUGACUAUCAAACUACUCUCCAGCCGUGUACAGAGAUAGGUUUCUUCGAUAUUAUGAAGUCCUACACCGCUGACAAAACUAUCAACAAGUUUUCAUAUUCUCUGGUUGGUGGCAUUCUUCUAUUCGAAAUAAAGGGCCCUAUACCGUUCGAAAUUGUAGCAAAGCUAUCUUUCGUCUAUGACCACAGUAUGAUGAGAAAAGUGGAAUCGAAAAGGGUCAUCUUUAGCGGGCUUAUAACUCUCCUUGGGGCAGCUAUCAAUCUUCGAAAACUAUCCCUUUGCAUAAAGAAUAUUGGCCUCGGGGAAGAUGACACGGAAUUGGUUGAAGGUAUUCAAAGGGCAUUCGAUCGUCUUCACACCCUUGUCGAGCUAAACAUCGUCACCGGAUUCCUCAAGGAUUCAAUAUUCAUCAAUCCACCCCCCAAUAUCAAAUUCCUAUUGCUUCGAUGCGGCCACACACCGCCAUGGUGGCUCAAAUUCAGCCAAUGCAAACUACCAAAGAUCGAAAGCCUAACUCUCAUACCCGAUGAUCCGCGCUGGCACUCAGAACGCGAACGCGAACGUCUAUUGGAGGCUGAACGUCGUCUAAAACCCGCCGAUAGCUCUGGAAAAUUUCAGAUUGCAGAUUUAGCAAUCACGACACUCUAUCAUUUCCGUGGAACUGUUGACUCCUCGGCACCGUCAAAUUUUCUCGACCUUCUGUUUGAGAAGAACCCUGGGUUGACGAGGGCUUCAAAUGAUGUAAUGUUUUAUCAGAUUAUACGUCCAAUGGUGUCGAUGACCAUAUCAAGGAUACGCGAAAGAAUAAUCAAAUAUGGAGACUCAGCAGCAGAUGAGUAUUGUGAGAAGUGGAAGGCUGGUAAAAGGGGUGAAGAACUGGAGAAGGAUUUGUUAAAGGGGAUCUUGGAGUUUUUGACGAAAGAAGGCUCAGAGGGUAAACUAGAGGAAUAG